UCAAAUCCCCGCCCACUUAGCUUUACAGCCAUCAUUUUGUGCACAACAAUGGCGGCUUCUUCUUGCAUGCUCAGAUCCUCUUUCCUCUCUCAUUGUCCUCAACUUCAUCAUCAAUCAAAUACUCCUAAAUCCAAUAAUAACUUCUUCAAUCCAAUUAAAGCUACAGCAUCUACAAAUGACGCAAUUACCCCUUCUCCUCAACCCCAGAAACACCGCCGCCACGCUGAUGAGAACAUCCGUGAAGAGGCGGCGCGCCGCAACAGCUCCUCCCACAAUUUCUCUGCCAGGUAUGUGCCUUUUAAUCCUGAUCCCAGCUCUGAUGAAUGGUAUUCUCUAGAUGAAAUUGUGUAUCGAAGCCGCUCCGGUGGAUUACUUGAUGUUCAGCAUGAUAUGAAUGCGUUAAAGAAGUUUGAUGGCCAGUAUUGGCGCAACCUGUUUGAUUCUCGUGUUGGUAAGACCACUUGGCCUUAUGGAUCAGGUGUUUGGUCUAAGAAGGAAUGGGUCCUACCUGAAAUUGAUAGUGAUGAUAUUGUUAGUGCUUUUGAAGGAAACUCUAAUCUGUUUUGGGCUGAGCGUUUUGGCAAACAGUUCCUAGGCAUGACUGAUUUGUGGGUUAAACACUGUGGAAUCAGCCAUACUGGUAGCUUUAAGGAUCUUGGCAUGACUGUUUUGGUGAGUCAAGUAAAUCGGUUGCGGAAAAUGCAUAAACCGGUUGUUGGCGUUGGCUGUGCUUCCACCGGAGACACGUCAGCUGCGUUGUCUGCUUACUGUGCAUCUGCAGGCAUUCCAUCGAUCGUAUUUCUACCUGCAAAUAAGAUAUCCAUGGCGCAAUUGGUUCAACCAAUAGCAAAUGGGGCUUUUGUGUUGAGUAUCGACACUGAUUUUGAUGGUUGUAUGCAGUUGAUUCGCGAAGUCACUGCUGAGUUGCCUAUUUACUUGGCUAAUUCAUUGAAUAGUUUGAGGUUGGAAGGGCAAAAAACUGCAGCAAUCGAGAUUUUGCAGCAGUUUGAUUGGGAAGUCCCGGAGUGGGUGAUAGUUCCUGGUGGGAACUUGGGCAACAUAUAUGCAUUUUAUAAAGGUUUUCAGAUGUGCAAAGAGUUGGGGCUCGUGGAUCGCAUCCCUAGGCUCGUUUGUGCUCAAGCUGCCAACGCUAAUCCGCUUUACUUGCAUUACAAAUCCGGUUGGAAAGACUUCAAAGCUGUGAAGGCGAACACAACAUUUGCAUCUGCCAUACAGAUUGGUGACCCAGUGUCUAUAGACAGAGCUGUUUUUGCCCUGCAGAACUGCAACGGAAUAGUGGAGGAGGCAACAGAAGAGGAGUUGAUGGAUGCUAUGGCCCAAGCGGACUCGACUGGGAUGUUCAUUUGCCCACAUACUGGUGUGGCAUUGACUGCGUUGUUCAAAUUGAGAAACAGUGGAGUCAUUAAGCCCACUGAUAGGACAGUGGUUGUGAGUACAGCUCAUGGAUUGAAGUUUACUCAAUCCAAGAUUGAUUACCACUCUAAGGAAAUAAAGGACAUGGAAUGUCGGUUUGCUAACCCACCUAUGGAAGUGAAAGCAGAUUUUGGAUCAGUUAUGGAUGUUCUGAAGAGCUAUUUGUUGAGCAAAAAUUCCAAGCAAUGAUUCGUUCUCAGUUUUUUAUCAUAGUAAGUUUGUACUAUGUACUCCUUUUGUCAGCAUUUGGUUCUUUAUCGUCAUUAAUUUGCCUUAUAGAAAUCACCAGAUGGUAAUUUGUUUGUUCGCCGAGUUGGGGAGAGAGGCUCUAAUUUCUUUCGGGUGAAUUCGAGAAAUUUUAUGGAACUUUAUUUUUGUAUAACAUUCUGCUUAUUAUUUGCAUUGCUUUUGAGCUUCAUAAUGGAAACUGUCUUAAUUCGA